CGCUCCAAUAGAAUUGGGUGGACAGUGGAAAUGGUUGACACGAUGAUGGCGCAAUUGACUGUAGUCCUGCGUACCAUUCUCUGUGAAAAACCAACCGCCUUCUAAAGAAAAGCAGGUGCCCUUGUAUAUCUUCAUUUCUUUGUAUUCCAUUCUGCGUGGUUUACCAUGUUGUUGCAGUGUUGUUGGAGCUUUUCCGCAUUUUCUUGGGCUUCAUCUCAUCCGUCGUUAUCAUCGGCAAGCAACCAUAAUGUUGUUUCUUCUAACAAGAAACAACCAUUUCUUCUUCUUCUUCGCCCAAGAGUAAGACGGCCCAAAUCCUCUUCUCUAAAGCCGACUUGUCUCGGAGCUGAAUUAAUCGACCAAAUUUGGCAACUCCCCCAUAACAAGGUUCUAGUUGCGGCUGUUGUUUCUGGGGCGAUUGGGCAGCUCUCCAAGCCCUUCACUUCUGUAUUGUUCUAUGGCAAAGACUUGGACUUCAAGGCUACCAUUCAGGCUGGAGGCUUCCCUUCUACUCAUUCUUCUGCAGUAGUGGCUACCGCAACAACAAUUGGCUUGGAAAGGGGUCUCUCCGAUUCAAUUUUUGGCCUAACGCUUGUUUAUGCCGGCCUUGUUAUGUACGAUGCGCAGGGUGUGCGAAGGGAAGUAGGAAAUCAUGCAAAAGUGCUGAACAAAGUGCUGGACCAUUCAGUUCCCACCAAGGAUACAGAUGAUGUCAUUGAUAUUCAAUCGGGAACAUCGUAUCCCAGAAGUUUGGAGAGCCUUGGGCAACUUCUGUCCAAGGAAGCAACUUCUAUUUCAUCAAAACCAACUAAUUCUUCUCUAUUACUUCGACCGGAUGACAAAAGGAGGCAAACUAGUCAAGCAGUGCUGUCUACUGAACAAGCUGAUGUUGAAGAAGAAAGAACUACUGAUAAUUUAAUUCCAUUAAAAGAAUCAAUCGGCCACACUGAGAUUGAAGUCAUAGCAGGUGCUUUGCUUGGUUUCUUUGUUAGCUUAGCUGUAUAUACCAUAAUGUAAUACCCUAUUUUGCUGUAUGCCUUAUUAUUUUACUACUUUACAGUAUUCUUAGGCA